AUGUGGGCUCCGGCAGCACCGCGUGCCGGUUUCAGCGGUUCUUGGACCUGCAGUCCCAGAUCGCUGAAGAUCCCGGCUGCUGACCGCUUCGUGAAGUCUGUGCAGUCGGCCGAAACUGGUUUGCCAUGGGAAUUUCUGGCAGUUGCAGCCUGGGGGGCACUGUCCAGCCUGAGGCCGUGUGCUUAUCUUUGGCGAGGUGCCGCUACUUCCCGGGUCGUGAGAUUGAUGCGAACAGCGAAGCGGGAGACGACAGCGUAUUUCGAAAACCUCAACAUCCAAUCGACUGGGGAUGUGGUGCGCCACUGGGUCCACACUACGUCCGUGUCUGCCGAUCUCGUACGAGGGCCCGGUGGCAAGGGUGAAGGCUCCAAAGCUGUUCACAAGGCUAUAGAAGAGGCCAAAGCCGUUUGCAACUCGUUUCUUCCAAGAGUUCUACGUGAUGAGAAGAGCGUCUCAAAGAUACUCGAUUUGCUUUGCAAUGCCCUGUCCUUAGCCGGGGAUCCUUCAUCACGUGAUGUCUUUGCUGCACUGGAAAGCCUUCUGGUGUCUUUCCACGACAACGCGCCUGUCGCCAUGCGGAAAGCCCUCCAAGCCCGCUUCUCGGGCAUUGCGGAAAAGCUCGUCGCACGCGAUGCCCCGGAAGCGGCACAUCCCCUGGGCAUAGCGCUGGAAGCCCUGGGAGCUGCAAUCCGCGGUCCAGGCAACUUGGCCAAGUGGAAGCCGCCUGAGAUCCUGCAACUCCGAUCGCAAAGCCGCUGGAAAAUGCCUCUCCAGGUCCGUGCCAUGAUCUUGGCACGUGAUUCUGAGACAUGCUGGUAUUGUGGUGCACCUGGCGACACUGUGGACCACUGGAUUCCGCUAUGUCGAGGUGGCACGAACAAGACGGUGAACCUGGUUUGUGCCUGCAGCAAAUGCAAUGAGCUCAAAGGCAACAGUAUGCCGGACGAAUUCCUUGCGACACGGAAAAUAUCUGGCGCCUCGGAGGACUUCCUGCCCUCCACUUCGACAGGCGUGUCUGCAUCAGAUCGCGCCAUCACCGCCCGAGCGAUGUGCGACCUAAACAACCGGGCAGAGGACUUCUCCAAGCCGGGCCAUCUCUUCCCUCUUUGUGCUCGGCCCGGUGGGGUCCUCGAACGUCCAGGACACACCGAAUCGACCUUCGACUUCUGCCGCCUCGCUGGCCUGACGCCAGUGGGGCUCCUUGCAGAGCUGAUGCACGAUGAUGGCACCAUGUAUCGUCGCGAUGACAGCCUGGCCUUUGCUAGUGCGAACAACAUUCCGAUCGUGACUGUAGAUCAGAUCAUCGAGUUCCGACAGAAGCACGGGACAAUAGCCCCUGCAUCUCUGUUCAGCGAGAAGGCCGGACUGGCUGCGACCGGCAGCGCCAGCGCCAGCCCGGCUGUCGUGGCUUCCACGUGCGAUGCCAGGUCUGAUGCUCCAAAGGCAAAGCUUUGA